AUGAGCCGAAACCCGUCGUACGGACGCCGGCGCCCUAGCUCCGAGUCGCGGAGCACGCCGGACCGGUUUGCUUACUCGCCGUCGCCGAGCUCGUCCUACUCCGUCGCCUCAACCGAAAGGAAGUCAGGCUCCGGCCGGGGCGUGGUCGCAGUCGCCGCCCGCUCCUUCGCUGGAGUCUUCGUCUCAUGCUUCACUCCACCGGAGACCAAGAGUUCCGUGAGCUUCGCUGAUUCUGCAGAGUUCAGAGCUCCAUCUGUAUUUUCGGAUGCUUCGGGAGCUGGGAGUGAGAGAAGACGUAGUUCAAGUCGUGGCGUCUAUGCCAAUUCAAACAACUCAAAGCAUGAGAGAGAGCCUGGGAAUGUAAAGUUCACCAUGGAAGAAAUAAACAAGGCCACAAAGAACUUCUCUCCCUCUUUCAAGAUUGGACAAGGUGGUUUUGGGACAGUUUAUAAGGGGAGACUGGAAGAUGGGACCUUUGUUGCAAUCAAACGUGCUAAAAAGAGUGUAUAUGACAAGCAUUUGGGUGUGGAAUUCCAAAGUGAGAUUAGAAUGCUGGCACAGGUGGAACAUUUGAAUUUGGUCAAGUUCUAUGGGUAUGUGGAGUAUGAAGAUGAAAAAGUUGUUGUUGUUGAGUAUGUUCCUAAUGGAACCCUCAGAGAACAUUUGGAUUGUAUGCGUGGUGACAUUCUUGACCUCGCAGCACGGCUUGACAUUGCAAUUGAUGUGGCCCAUGCCGUCACCUAUCUUCAUAUGUACACAGAUCAUCCUAUCAUUCAUAGAGACAUAAAGUCUUCCAACAUUCUCCUAACAGAAAACUUCAGGGCCAAGGUAGCUGACUUUGGUUUUGCUAGGCUUGCUGCUGAUAGCGAUUCAGGUGCUACCCAUGUUUCUACUCAAGUUAAAGGAACCGCUGGCUACUUGGAUCCAGAGUACCUGAGAACCUAUCAACUUACAGAUAAGAGUGAUGUUUACUCAUUUGGUGUACUAAUGGUUGAACUAGUUACAGGCAGGCGUCCCAUCGAAUCAAAACGGGAAAUCAAGGAACGGAUAACUGCAAAAUGGAUCCCUUCCACAUAUCAACCUACACGAGAAUGUAAAGCGCGACUCGGGUUGGUUUUGCAGGCUAUGAAGAAGUUUACUGACGGAGAUGCUCUUUCAAUUUUGGAUCCUAGGCUUGAACAGACUGCGGAAAAUAAUUUAGCCAUUGAAAAGAUUCUUGAACUGGCCUUACAAUGCUUGGCUCCACGCCGACAGAGUCGGCCUAGCAUGAGGAGAUGCGCAGAGAUCCUCUGGAACAUCCGUAAGGAUUACAGAGAGGUGGCACCUCCAAUCUUCCGUUCGUUUUCCUCUCGUUCACAAAUGAGCACUUAA